AUGGCCCCGAUUCCUAUUCACAAUAAACCAAAAAAACCGUAAGAACCAACGCUCUUAAAUUAAUUAACGUACCUACCUACUUUUUAAAAUGUUGUCAUAACAUAAUAUUUAAACUAGGUAUCGCAUACACCAGUGUUUCUCGACCUUUAAGAUAUUACAGACCACUCUCUUCCUUCUGUCUGUGUACACAAUUUUAAUCAAAAUUAAGUACUCAUUAACUGUACUCAUCAACAUCAGGUACCUAUGAAUUUUGAUGGCACGUUCCACUUUUUGAUAAUCCUUGUGAACAUUUUCUUUAAAAAACGAGGGUACUUACGCAACGCUGGUUUUGGUUAAUAUCGAUUUUGUUUUUAUGUUGUUUAGAGGAAGAAAUUAUUGUAUAGACACGUGUUAUUUUCACCAGAUACUAUUAGCUUUGUAUGUGCAAUUUCCAAAAUAUGUCGACUUUUAUUUAUAGCUGUUUUGAAAUUAUACAUAUAGACUAGGUACUUAGCUGUGGGGUGGUUGGGAAACACUGCAGGUGUAUAAAUAUAUCAAUAUUAAUGUUGAUUUUCGUGUAUUUUAAACGAUACGUAUUAUAGGAGUUAUGUGCCACCACAAGGAGUUCGCUGCCAGAAGUGCUUGGAGUACGGUCACUGGACGUACGAGUGCAAAGGAAAAAGAAAAUUCGCGGACCGUCCGACCCGUACGACGUUACUCAAAAGGAACUUGAACAAAGACAGACCCGCCAGUCAGCUAUUACCAAAGUACAUAAUUUUAAUAACAAUAUAUAUCGUGCUGUCAGUGACAAAAUGGCCUUAGUUUAAGAGAACUACUUGUUUUUGGAUUUGUAUGUUGUCACGGGGGCACGCUCGCAGAGAAUCAGAGAAUGCAGCAAGUGCAAAAUAUACUUUUUGUGUUUAUGUGACCAUUGGGGGUUUAAGUUAGGCUUUGUAGUUUUAUUCGUAUAAUCGUAUUAGUCGAUACCUAUAAGAUCGUAAAAAACUUAUUUGUGGCUUAUAUAAUCACGGAAUUUACGUUCCCGAAAAAAAGAACAAAAUAUUGAAGAAUUAUUAAAAAAAAUGAUUCAAACUCCCUGGCUUACUUGACAUUUUUGCUCUACAUUAUGAUAGUAGUGCAAUAGUGCAAUAUUUUAAUAGAAUAUAGUAGCGUGACGUAAGACGGUGUACACAAGUGCACAAUAUACCAGUGCAUGUUUUUUUAUUCAUCAAAUAACACUUACUGUUCAAUAUGUAAAUUAAUUGCUGUAAUUUUGAUCAUACAUAAAAAAAAAAAAGUUAUUAUUAAACGUAUUAUAUUUUAUAACGGAAUAAUACAGUUAGGUUUUUAACAAUAAUAAAAUAAUUGAUAGUUAUAUUAUUGUGAUGCGAUUUAGAAAUUAUAAUUUGUAGUUUUUACUAAGCAAAUCACGAAAUAACGCCGUGUCCGGUAGUCCCGUGGGACUUAAGUUAGAUUACUUGUACAUCCUGUAUAGCCUAAUAUUGCCUAACUGAAUUUGCGUUUAGGUUGAAAGAUGAAAAAUUGAAAAAGAAACGAAAAGACGAUAAACGGAAAAAGAAACGGGGAAAUCAGUCGGACAGUGAUGGCAGUUCUGCCAGUAGCUCAGACUCCUCCAGUGACAGUGGCAGCAGCGGUGACGACAGCGACACCAGCGGUAGCAGCAGCAGCACCAGCACCAGCAGUACCAGCAGCAGUAGCGCCAGCAGCAAUAGCAGCACCAGUAGCAGUAGCGAAAGCAACGGUCCUGAAAACCGACAAAUAAUCGACAAAUGA